AUGACAGGUAACUUUGUGGGGUUUUUUUAUUCACCGUUACAUCGUCAAUAUUUUAGCCUAGCUUUAACUCUAGUUGUGAACACCCCUCUUUGAGCCUUCUGGUUAGUUUCGGUGUUAAUUCACAGUAUUGUUACAGCCGUUACCUCGAGAAGACGUUAACGUCAACGGCUGCUUCCCGAGGUACGCCUGUAAUAAUACCAUGAAUUGUCACCGACUGAGGUGCUGAGGUACGACUGUGAAAAUACCGUGAAUUGAGCUGAUAAAACGCGAUACCUUCGGUGUACAGCUGUGUAAUAUUACUCCUCCUUUGUUGGAUUUUUCACUUCAUUUCCUCGUUAGCCGAGAUGUGCAGCUAGCUUAGUCGCGGCUUGUCAGACAUCCAGCCAGCAGACACGUAAGGAGCACGCUGCUUUUACUUUUCCUAAUCCUGUUAUUUCUCCACGGCCAGAUUAUUAAAAAAAACACGCCAUUGAAAAGAAACUCUGGACCUGGCAUAAUAACGUUUAAGGGUUUUUUCGUGAAAGUGUCGUAAUGAUAAGCUAACGGCUGUACAGUCAUUCAUUCAGGAAGAAGUGACACCCUUAGAAGUGAUCCCAUGUGUCUGCUAUUGAUCUUUAUAUAACCGGCCGGUUCACCCUAAUCCGAUUAAUGCAGCCUACUGUCCCUGUUUAGAAGCCGGGGCCAAAUUGUUUGAUUUUUAGACCUGGGGCGUGUCCGAAAGGUGGCCAGUGGUGGCAUGGGCCUCUCUGAAAAAAGAUUGGCAACACCAAAAUCUGAAAUUGUGCCAAAACUUGUAGGUACCUUAAAGGGAUAUUCCAGUGUAAAAUUAAUAUAGGGUCAAACACACCUUAACACAGAGUUAGACACCCCUACGAGAGAUGAGUGUUGCCGACCGCUUGUUUCUCUAGUUUUACCAACUUCAGUAACGACCGCACGAUAGCAAUACACAGCGGUGUGAGGAGCCAUCAACAAACCUCAAACAAAACGCAACUCUACAGCCACAAAUAAUGCUCAGAACAGCACCUAACUUCAUCAACAGGACAUAUAGGGUCCCAGCCAUAGUACUAGCCACCAAACAUCUUUUUAGCUUUGCCUGAGUUCUUUAGCAAAGAGACUGUGGCGUUUUGGUUGAGGUUUGUUUAUGGCUCCUCAGACCGCUGUGUAUUGCUAUCCUGCAGUCUUUACUAAAGUUGGUAUAACUAGAGAAGCAAGCAGUCUGCAACAUCCAUCUCUCCAGGGGGUGUCUAACUCAGUGUUACAGUGUGUUUGACCCUAUAUUAAUUUUACUCCAGAAUAUCACUUUAAGUUUAACUAUGUGGACUGUAUUGACACAUGCUCUUCCUAGUUUUUUUUGCAUGUAAAUGUAGCAUACUGAAUUUUAGAAAAGUUAGCAAAGCAAGUAGCACCACAAGUGUGCUUAAAGGACUCCCAGAUUAUUAGUGUCUGUGUGAAGACUUCAGCAAUGUACAAUUUUAAUGCAGAUGCGUAGCUCCAAAAAAUGUCCUGCUAAAAUUUGAGCCCAACAAGGGUGAAAAGUAUUAAAAUGUGGUGCUAGUGGACAUGGUCACCUUCCUAUGUAUCCUGCAUACUUGGCACCUGCUUCUCAUCAUUCUCUGGUUGAAAAACCAUAACACUAUUGGGGGAAAAAAACUUUUUAAAUUUCAGGGGUGAGACCUUAUUCAGCAUAGAAUAGCACCGAGUUGAUCACACCUCAUUGACGAGAAUAAACAGACUUGAAUCACUUUCUAUAUUCUUAGAGUGUUGCAUGCCACAAACUAAUUUCUGAAUUAACACACGAACAAACACACCGUCUGUUGUGCAGCUGUACUUUGGACUAGCAAACUCCUAGAAUACACAGAGUAAAUGUGUCAUUGGUGAACUCAUAUUUAAAACAUGUCACUUUGCAAGGUAAAAUACAUUUGAUUAGUGUAGAAAGAAAGAGAAAAUAAAUGCUAUUCAUAUUACAUGUCACUGCUGAAUGAGUAAGUUCCCUAGUUGGGCCACCCUGGUCUAGAAAGUCUAGACAUGCCCCUGUUUGGCACUUAUUAUCAAUGUAUUACAAAAGAAAAAGAUGUAAAAUCAGUAUCGUGAAAAUAUCUGUUUUCUUUCCAGCAAACAUCGGUCAUGGAGUUCAACAAAUUGGUGACCUUGUGGAUAUUUUGCUUGUGUCUCAUUGGGGAAAGUUGGACUGACAAACCAAGCUCACCCACACUGGAGAGUCAGGCUGUUGAAAAUGGGGUGUCAGGUGAGUAAUAAACCACAGCGUUGCUUUGUUGUAAACUGAUUUUUAUCCAUCUGUUAAACUGAGCAGACACACGUUAUACUGCCUACAGUGGCAGUUUGGUUCGUGCCACUGAUGAUGGUGCAGGCACUAUAUGUAGCCAUGCUGAGAAUAGUCUGGAUGACAUUCUCCAUUAAGCCCUGUCCUCCAACUCAUCAGCCAGUUCAACAGGAGUAAUUGUUUUACAGGCUGGUAGAGCAAAUGAGAUUGGAGUUGAAGUAGUUUCUGGUUGUAUUGUCAACAAGCGGAACAUGAAAGUGUUUGGAUUAAAUCAUAAAAUAGGAGUACUACUUGGAAAGUUGUUAAAAGUGUGGCAGCACUGUGUUUGCAAGGUAAGCUGGGUAUCAUCUGUGUUAAAAAAUUGGUGUAAUUAUUGAAGUCAUGGAAAAUUACUUUUGACUUCUUUAUCGCAUAAUUCAACAUCAGAGCUGUGCGUAUAAAACAAUUUGAUGGCGGGUAUUGUUUCUCUGCAGGUUAGCCACUUUGUGUGUAGGUGUUUUUUUUUAUCAUUGAUUACAAUGGUUAAUCAUGAUUAAUCACACUUUAAUUGCAUGUUUAAUAUUCCACCAGUUUGUAUUUUUAAAAAACGUUUAAAAGUCUAUAUUAACUUUGCAAAAAAAUCUGGUAUACAUCUGCUCUGAAACCUUGAUAUAGAGGGAGGAGACAGCUUCAAAGCGCUUACUCUGUGAAAUAGUGUACAUUUUUGAAGGAUGACACUUUUACACAUGAAGAUAUAUGCAGGAGUCAACCACUGAUCACUUCCUGAUGUGCAUUUGCACUUUUCAUGAGCUCUACUUUGUCUGACUUCUGUUAGUGUUAUUGGAAAAGUGGGAACUACAUUUAUAUAUUUUAAAGUCUAACAUUUUAAACUACUUCUGUAUUGCCUGAGAAAAGUGUUUGUGUCGCCGUCAGUCAGAAAAACGUUAGCAUUUAAACUUUUUAUUAAUAAUGGCUUCAGUGUUGGUGGGAAUCAGUGCAGUAUCACAUAUCAUGUUAUUGCUGUGGGGUAUAAAUUGCACUCAUUUCAUGUGAAUCACUUAAAUUCCUUGUGAGCCAACUUUAUGUGUGGACUUGUGCGCAUCUGAUGAGAAUAGCACACUCUUGUUGGAAUUUACUGCCCUCCAUGACACAGCACCAUAUUUUUCCUGAGAACUGAAAGUUUAAUCUCAAGGAAAAACACGCUGAAAGAUGUUUGAAAGCUUGUGUUUAGAUUCGAGAAUCUUACUGGAUGAAGUCCUCUAUCCGGGAGAUAAUCUCUUGCCUAAAUCAGUUAAGAGAUUUCACAUGAAUGAUAGUGAAUCCAUCCAAGUGUAUCAAUUAUGAAACCCGAUUUUACUUAAACAGGUAUUAGCAAGUUGUCAUUUGCUUGUGUAAGAACUUGACUCAGUUUAUAUCAUGACAUAGCUUUGCUUAUUUACUUUGAGCAAAAUCCAGGCAAAGGCCCAGACGUCUACCAUUGUGCAUAAUGGUACCUUUUGUAAAAACAUCUCAAGUGUUUGCUUUAACAGGAACUGCUGAGACAAGUUGCUCACAUUUUGCAUCUGAAGCACAUUUUUUCUAAAAUGUGUCACAUGCCCCAAGAGGCCAGGGUGUGGGAAAAAAUACCACUGACAGACAUUUUCAAAAGCUUCAGAGGUACCAGAGUAAGUGCUGCAGUAAAAAAAGUGACAGAGCCACGGAGUGUGUUCUUCGUCCACAUACAGGCGCACAGAAUGACUUGCGUAACACGAGCUCUUAAAAAAAGGCAGGCUGACUGGUAUGUAAAUAUCUUAUCUAGUGUCUCCGGAGGUUUGCAAGCCAAAUGAAAGGGAGGGCCAGUUUUGGGUGUAUGUGACUGUUCCAGGUGGUAGGCUUUCACUUGAGGUAACUGUCAGUCUUUGUUUAACACGGUGAGUGUGAAUGAGUAGGAGUAUGAGACAGUGAGCGUCUGUUAGGUAUGUGGCUUUGCAGGUUCUCUGCAGCUGGGUGCUUGCACGCUGUGGCUCAAAAAUUAACUUUAUACCACCCGGAAGUUCACGCUGUGCAUCCAGUCUUCCUACUUCUGGUUCAGUGGUUUCAGUCAGAGGAUUAUGAGAGUCAUUCAUGAACUACUAAACCACUCACAGACAAAUAUCAUGGGGUAAAUGACUGCUUUUUUUAUGACACAGUGAACCUUCUGUUUUGCCUCUCAUUGUUAAGGAAACCUGUCGUGACAUGUGGCUUUGCGAAUUAAAAAAUGUGGGACCAGUGUGAUGUGUUGAUUUGUGGGAGGGGAAGUUUUGCUGCAAAUGUCAGCGCAAGACAAACCAAAUGCCUGCUGUUGAUUAAGCGCUGGUGAGUGGGUGAGAAGAAUUGAUAAUGGAACAGUCUCAAUUGAGAUGAGCCAAAGCUUUUCCAUUCAUGAAAGAAGUUUCAUUUUGCUCAGAGGACCAAAAUGAAAACAGAAUUUUCAACCUGGAGUAAAAUUGCAUUUUCGCCUCUAAAGAAGUUCAGUCCAAAUUCUUAUGCAGCUUGUGGUAAAAAAUGCAAUCUAUUUCUAUGCAAGGAAACCUUAACCUUGUCCAACCUCUUCCUCUUCUGUGGUUACAAUUCAGUUUAAGAACACAAGGAAGCAUGUUGUACAAGAUAUACACUUCCUGAAUGGCGUAAUUCAACGUCCCCGAGAUUUGAAAUUUCAUCUUACAAAAGUAUCACAGCUCGGAUAAAAGCAGCACAUUAAGCGUUGAAGUUAUAUACCAUAAAUCCACAGAUAAAGACAGUUAUUGAGUCUGCAGCCAGGACCCUAAUGAUAAUUGAGACCAUGAGUGUAAUGGGUGAAUAAAGGCCAGCUUUUAGUUAAUUGUAGGGAUAGAUUCAUAUUUCUGUCGUGGAAUAUGGAAACAUGGAAAAUAACUUACCAGUGAGUUCACAGUGAUCACCCACAAGUUAACCAUCCAUACACCCUCUACAAUUAAGCUAUAACCACAUUAGUAGUGAGCCACAGCACAAGUCAUCUCUGUGAGGGUGUAGCACUUUAAUUCUCUGUGACUGAGAGAAUUUGAUAUAAAGACAUGCCUGUAAUAAAAGCCUGCUUCAUAUAAAGACAUCAAACACGCUGCUUUGAAUUACACUUCCUAUUCAGACUUGCUAUCGCUACAGGUAGGCUUGUUAUGCCCUUUCUCAUAGCAACUCAAGUGUCUGCAGUACAUGCCAAACAUCCUCUUUAUGGGAGUGUCCGUGUGUUAUCUCUGAUCUGUGGCGGAGGAUCUCUAAUCCCACAGGAAGGAGAGGAAAGGCAGAGGGCAGGCAGGCUUAAUGAAAUAACCUACACCCAAUUGAAUUAAAUUCAUCAUGGAAUCUGAAUCUAUAAUUUCCCUGCUGUUUACCUAGUAAGCUUGACAACUGAAAAUCCUUACGUUAUUCUUUCCUAAUCAUCAAAUAGUUUUUAAAAGUCAAUUCCUAAAGUCAAGGAGCAUGAAGGUUUAAAGACCAGGAACUUAAGAGUUAAAUAUGAUCAAGCACUGAGAUUGAGUAAGGACUUGAAUGACUUCAUCACAUCAAUGCUCGGUUACUACUCUAUAAUUUUCUCUCUGUUUCUGGCGUUCACUACUCUGGCAUUGCUAAAAUUACAGGUCUAUAUAGAAAAAGCUAACCACCACAUACUGUGCUUUUCUUUCACUGAAGCGAUAGGAAAGACCAGGAGGAGACUCUCCUGCUAGCAUAGUUUGAAAAACUAUAAAUCAAAGCUUUGGUUAUGCAGCUGCAUCUGCUAUUGCUAACAGAGUAGGGUGGAGAAAAGUCUGCUGGAUUAGUGUUUGAUAGUGCCUGUAAUGUGAAAACUCAGUGGAUGAUGAUAGCAUUGUUUGGGUGGGACAUCUUUUAUCUUUUUAGCUGCAUCAUUGCAAUGAAACAUCGUGGCAGACUGUAAAUAGCCUCAAAAUGACCAUGAAUGAAGUCGACAAAAUGAUGAUUUUAUGAUGUGGACAGCAUUGCCAAGUGGACCUACCCAACCCUGAAAUGCAAGUAAAACCAAAAUGACCUGACUCUUUAGAUUCAACGUACCCUCUUUUGUUUAUUCUCAUCUAGUCGUAGUUGGAACUGUGUGAGUUUGUGUUUAUCCUCAUCAGCUGUCAGAGCUGCCUUUUUAACAGCCAGGUUUUGUCCCUUCACCAGAUUUUUGUCGCUUUGAUGAGCCACUAUGCAAAGAUGAGAACGCCAUCCUCAGCUUCGAGGCCAUUCGCAAUAUCCACAAGCAGAUGGAUGAUGACGCAAAUGGCAAUGUAGAUGUGGUGGAGACAGACGGGGUAAGUACCAACCGAAAAAUGAUCAUCAUUCAUCCCAGCAGUUUUAAUAAGGGUCGACAGAUGUGGAUUUUUGGGGCCAAUAUGUCAAGCUAAUCAAAAUGGACUAAGAGGGACGGACACAUCCGCAGCGGAACCAAAGUUGCACACUCUAUGAUUAAUAAUUCUGUCUGCUAUCUCUUGUUUAUUUAGAUUUUUUGAAAUGAUUGUCACUCAGUUUGAAGAGGAUUACAGGUAUCAUUAUCAAAAUCCUCUGUCAACUAACUUGUCAUAGGAUUUCUUGUUUAGACGGCCAGUUAAUCAUAGCCCUGUAAUGACCUUAUCUUAGUCUGGGUAAUUAGGAGAUUAGUUCUCCGUAUGCUCCAGUGCCCUUUUGACUCAAGUUUUUGUCGAAUAAUUAACCGGCUUCACAUGAAGACCGCUUUAAAAUAACAUGCAUGUGGUAACCGUUGUUCUGACACAAAGGUCAGAAGCUACACCUGUUAGGACAGUCAUCUUUUUUAAAGAAGUAGAAAUAUAGAUAGUAGGGGUGGGAGAAAAAAUCUAUACAGCAUAGAAUCGUGAUAUUUUGUCUGGUGAUGUAUCAUAUCGUCUCAUUUACCAAGUAUCGACUUUUUUUUUCAAAUUAAUUGCUAUUAUGAAAUCAUAUCUUUAAUAAUGGAAAAAUAAAAUCAACUGUUUGUCCAGUGAGGUUGGCAGAGGUGACAUCAUAGAGCAGAAGAAAGUUAGUACAACAAAUAUAAGGUUUGCAAGAUGUGCUACAUUGUGGCCCAAGUAUCAUAGUAAUAUCGUAUUGUGGCCCAAGUAUCAUGAUAAUAUCGUAUUGUGGCCCAAGUAUCAUGAUAAUAUCGUAUUGUGGCCCAAGUAUCGUGAUUAUAUCGUAAUGUGGCCCAAGUAUCAUGAUAAUAUCGUAUUGUGGCCCAAGUAUCGUGAUAAUAUCGUAUUGUGGCCCAAGUAUCGUGAUAAAAUCGUAUUGUUGGGCCACCAGUGAUUCCCACCCCUAGUAGAUAUCUCCUUUUACUAUGCAGUGAAGCUGGAUCAGAGCACAGUUAAAGCAGUAGCAGCUGAUCUCCUUUUACAGUUGGGUAAUGCUCAUCAGAAUUCAGUUUGUUGCUUCUCAGCCAUUACCUGUGCCUUUCAGACACUGUAUAUGCUCCAUUUAGCUUACAUCCUGUGCUCCAGUCUAAGCCAUAUGCCUUACCUCGAGGAGGCCUCCUCUGGAGCCUCAUGUCAGUUUGAUUCAGAUUAUUGUAUGUGUUCGAGUGCUGACCAAAUCAGCCGGCCUCAUUGCUGCGGCUCCUCUGCUUUUAGAGAAGGUACUUUCAUGUAAAUACCCUUGAGGUGGAAGAUCAAGUACAGUACAGUGAGCACUCACAUCUGGAGAGGCUUUGAGCUUGGAAAUGGAAAGCUUAAAAGGAUAAAGAGUUCUUCAGCACAGUAGUCCUGCUUCUCAUUAUCAUAUAGCACAUGAAUAAGAGCAAUAAUUAAUCUUUAAUUAAGUCUGUGCCUGUUUUUUUAAGACACGGCAGCAGGCCUUGGCCAUAUAUAAGGAGCUCCUUUAUAUUUCAGUGCAUAUAUUCCUCAGAGCGUGAUAUUUCACCUGCACCACAGACCAUCUUUCUACCCUGUAGUGAAAUCCUCCCACACCGGCCUAUCAAGAAAGAAAGGCUUCAUGACUUAUUACUGUCUUCCACCCGUGUUGCAUGAGUUGGCUUUUGUGGGAGUGCAAGAACUUCUGUACGUUUUUUUUUUGUUUGUUUUUCAAACCUGGUGUCUGAGUAGCCUACAUUACAGUGGGCAACCAGGAGAGUGGUAACUUUAGCCAAUAGUUGACCAUUACUACUCAAAUGGGGGUGCGAAAUGACUCUCCAACAGAGAGAUACCACAGUGACGUAAUGUCAUUUAAUUUUUAUUUUAUUUAAAGAUAUUUUGUAACUUUGCGCUCUGUCUCAAGUGGAACUAAUUGUAUAUUUGUAAAACUGUUAAAUGUGAUCAUGUCUGUAGUAAAUUGACUGUUGAUAGAAGUUUGAAUGACACCCCAUUUCAAAGCCAAGGGUUUAAAAAUUACAGUUCCCAUGAUUAUUUUCCCUCUGUCGUUUGUUUUUGUAAUUCUGACGUCUCGGCUUGUGUUUAUAGGAUGCGAGCGUUCCCGUGAAUCAGGAAACCGUUUAGUCGAAUUUCUCUUUUUCUUGAGCUUUAAAUAGUAUCCGGAAAAUCACAGCACGCUUUGUUGAGAUAUUUACUGUUGAGCUUUUUUGUGUUCCUGAACUGUUAGCAAAGCAAAUACUCUGUGUAGCCUGAGGGAUUUCGUUUUCCUUUUAACUUGAUUCAUGAAGACUGAAGUGGGGAAGCAGGUCAAAGUGCUGGAAAAAAUCCAAAGCACUAAAUUCACCCUGUUUUUUAAAUAUGGGAUACUAUUCAUGCUUUUAAUUUAGUCAAACCCUAUUUGGAGACACUGUCUGUUUUGUUUAGAGACUCAGCAUUUGAAAAGGUCUGAUAGAUAUUUUGACUGAUUUAGGUGAUAUCAAACACUGUAAUGAUAGCUCUGUAUAAGAUUGAGUUAGUAACUAGUUUAGAAAUACAGUUUUCUUAAAAAAAUAAUACCGUUAGAUGUGAUGCCUGCUUUUGUAAGUCAACACUUAGAUUCUUUCUAACCUCUCCAAACAUCCUUGUCAUCCUGCAGUUCCUCAGAGAAGAUUUAAACUACCAUGACCCCAAGGCCAAGCAUAACAGCUUUCACGGGGAUGACCAGUUCAUCAGUGUGGAGGACUUGUGGAACGCAUGGAAGGGCUCUGAAGGUACUGCUUUCAGUCAUCUUUGCUCCACCUCCAAAGGCCCGCAGAGACCGAACAAACAGGCCUUUCUUAUAGUUCUGUUUUGUUUUUUUCAAUCAGAGUUUUGGACCAUGAAUAUCGUUUUGUGUGCAGUUUCACACUGAUACACUCUUGCCUGUUCUUCUGCAGUCAUUAGAUGUUGUAUAUCUCUGCAUUUAUGAGUCUGUUGCAUAUUUUACCCCUGCUUGACCUCCAACUAAGAAAUAAGGCGGUUUAUCAGAGAGCAUGUUCAGCAAAGUGCACUCUCCUUACCAGCUCCAGAUAAUGGCAGACAAGCUGUCAUUGAAUCUGUCAGCGCAAAUUCACCAGCUUGUUCUCACCUCCUUCUGCCUAUCUGUAUGGUGCUGUGUUAUCGGGUUCUUGCUGUGAACAGUUUUUGUGUGCUGUAUCUGGCUUCCCUGUCUUCUCACACCAUUUCCUCCAGCUGCCUUAUUCCCUCCCCCCUUUUUUUUUUUUUGCCCCGAGUACUGACUAACCCUGCAUUGCAGUUUCUUGUCAGGGCUCAUGAGGUUUCGAGCCAAAAAAAGUGGGUUUUCUGUCCUAGAGAGCACCACAUUAACACAGACAGCCUACACUGUUUACUGUCUGCCAGGAGCUGCGGAGAAGAGUUUCAUUACUGUGUUACUUCUGCGGUCAAGCAGGAAUAUGUUUUUCUAGAUCAUUCAGAGAGCAGAUGCACUUUUCUCAUGUGGCAAGCUGUUGAUGUAGCGCAGUCAAAAGUGUGGUGAUCGUGACAAAUUGCUGAUUUUUCCAGCUCUGUGCUUUUCGAGUGAGCAAUAUCAGUGAGAUCAGGACAAACUCUCAGCUUUAUUUUGAAGGAGUUUACAUAAAAGUUAGUCAGAGUCUGUAAGUGGAAAUAGUAGGAAACUAGACAGAAAGCAUCCGAACAAUUCAACACAACCUCUGCUUCAAAGAUCAUAUUCAGUUCUUGGGGGAAAUGUUUAGACAAAGCCUCUGCUGACCCGUAAGCAUCUGCAUUCACUUGCUUACUUCCCCCAGGACACUUUAUUGGCCUGUACUGCAGCGCCUUGUGGUUUCAUGGUCUUUUUGCCUUCAGGCUGCUCCUCAACAAGUCAAACACAUGAUCAGUUGUACUAAGGUCAGCUGACUGCUCGCUGAUUAUUGUCUUUCUGCCCUAUUGUUAAACUGCAGGUCUACACAUACGUUCUUCUCCCGUUCUUCUCUCCGUUCUUCUCUUAGUGGGAAGAGAGACAAAGGUUAACAAAAAAAUACUUAGACUUUUCUUUUUAAUGUCUUUUUAUUGGUCAAAAAGUAACGUAAGCAGCCUGUUCUGCAUUAAUAUAUACAAAAAAAACAGUAUAGGGUUUACAUUAUAUGAACUCUGACAGACAGUAUGGACAUGCAUUCCUGUAAAAUCAAAAAUCAAUGUGCGAAGAUGCUUCAUAUGAAGAUCAAAGUAGGGCUGGAGGAUAUCGCUUCAAAUCAGCAUCAUGAUAUAUUGAGCAGUUUACCUCGAUAACGAUAAAUGGACGAUAACUACUCCACAAGCUGCUCACCCCCUCCCACAUUAACUUCGUCUACUUCAGCAACUGCUCCAACCACUACAACUUUUGAACCGUCCUCCAUCUUCUCACCUCUUUCCCUCUGUUAUGGACUGGAUGGGGUGGAGUCACGGCUUCGAUGUAGGACAGCGUCUCAAAGGGACAUGAGACCAUAGCCUACCUAAAACACAUCCAAAACCAACUUUUACUUAUUUUUUUUUUAACACCGAAUAUAUUGAUAUGGGCAAAAUGACGUUGGUUAUUGUCGUUAAUUUCAGUAUUGGUAAAUUUUCGGUUUAUCGCCCAGCCCUAGCUCAAAGUCAUUUUACCUCGGUAAUAACCCGGUUAUUGUAGCCAAGAAUGACGAGAAUACUUUCUACAGUUGCAUCUAUGAGGGGUAGCCAGUUUGCCGAGAUUUUCCAGUUUGAGUUGUUGCAUAAUACCUUUGAUCAGCCAAAUUUAACAGGAGAGGUGCUCCUGUCCUCUGUUUUAUGGAUUUAAUCCAUGAGCUUUAAGGGUUAAGGACCCUGGUAAGUGAAAGUGAGUCUUUUAGGAGGAAUUUCCUCCAUGAGAAAACAACAAACUGUCCACAGUGACUCAACAAUCAGUGACUCAGCCUCAGCUUUGAAUAACUUAAUAUUCCUAAUAAUGCUGUUGCUUUAUGAUUCAAAGGUUGGUCAUGGAAACAAAUGAUGUCCAGUAAGCCUUUAAACCUGGUUCUGCUGAAUUAAAUGAAAGGGAAGAGCUGUAACUCUGUGUGAUCAUGUUCUCUUCUCCCCCUCAGUGUAUAACUGGACCGUGGAUGAAGUGGUGGAAUGGCUCAUCACAUAUGUGGAACUUCCACAGUAUGUCGAUGCAUUUCGCAAGAUGACUUUUAACGGCAGUGUUAUGCCAAGGUAAGCUGCAUCAGAGACUUUCUUCAACAUCUUAUUUUUCUGAACUUCUAACCAGAAUAUAUCUCUGUAACUUUAGCUGUAGGGCUUUGCUGAACAGUUUUGUCCUUGGAAGUAAACACUGAAUCAAGAGGCAGUGAUGCAGAAUUUCAGAAUAAUGCCUACUCAAAUAAUUGACAACUCUGACCUUCUCCAGUGCCAGGGAUUAAUUAAACCUUGCAUUGCUCUGCUUUAAAGUUAUUCAGUUGGAUAGGUCAGUGUCAAUCUUUACAGCUUCGCCACUUCUUCAUCUUUGCAAAAGUAAAAGGAUCAAGUCUUAAGAAUAAUCAAAGCAGCAAUAUUUCUGUUCAUCAGUGUUUUCACUUUGAAGAGUUGUCAAAGGGUGAUACGACUCUUGGCUCUGACUGUUUAACACCCUUUUUCUCUGCCAAAGUGACCGUGUGUCUGUUCUCUCUCAGGCUCGCCAUAAAGAACACAACUCUGACGCUCUCUAUUCUGAAGAUCCUGGACCGCAGCCACGUGCAAAAGUUGCAGCUCAAAGCUUUGGACACUGUAUUGUUUGGAGCACCGCUGAGUAUGUAGUUUUCCUUUCUUUUUUUUCCAUUCCUGUAGAGGCUCAGGUUCACUUCUUACUCUCAUUCAUACAACCCAAGUGGCUUUAAAACCGUAAAUGGAAUAAAAGGCAGUUUUAUUCGUAUCAAUUUAUUAAGCAACGAUCGUAGAGAGAUAAAAGUGGAGAUUUCUAAAAGGUAGUCGAAAUUCAUUUUGUGGUAAAGACUGAAUUACAAUUUUGAGGAAAAAAAGAGAACAGCUACUUGGUGCAAAUGUCAAACUUCCACAUUUUACUUUGCCGUUGUUCUGGGAAUGCUACACGUAUUCCUCCACCUGCAACACACACAGAUCAGCUGUUUGGGUCCACAGUCAGCGUACAUUUUGCAGAGUACACGGGUAGAGAAAUUGUGGACUUUGACGCUAGUGGCAAACCAGUUUGUUAAUUCAGCCCAUUUUAUCAAAGGUUAUGAUAUUUGAAUGUAAUAUACAUACACACAAAUGAUUCUCUAAAAUGUAAGCCUGCAUAAAUGUCAGUGGUGCAGCCAAAUCAUUCACCUACUUGGCUUUCUCGCAGAAAACUGGUAAUUGAUCGUCUUGAAGUCUUUUUUUUUUUUUCUUUGUGAAGCUUCUGUGGAAAGUUUUCAGCUCUCAUGAACAGACUACCACUGUUACCGACAUCCUGCUCUCAUUCUUAUCAGCUCUUCACCCCUCACAUGUUGUGGUCAGGUUGUGUUUUUGCAUUCGUGUUAACCACUGACUCAUCCACUCACUCUGGCCAGCAAACUGAGAUAUAUAGAGUGAAGUUCUCUCUGCUUGUAUAUCAGUUUCAGGGGUAGAUGAUAUGAGUUUAUGGCUGGAGUACACUGCUCUGUAUUCCAGACACACCCCUCUGCGUACUGAGACAAAUAAACACACCACUCAUCCUCUUCUCCUCUAGUUUCACUACUCGGCUACAACUCUGGAGCUACAGAUUUAAUUCCUUUAGGUUUUCCUGGGCUGUCUUCUCUGCGGGGGUUUGUAAAUCUCAGUGAAUGAGUUGUGGCUAGCACCUCCCUUGGCUAGACUUUUUUUUUUUUUUAGCACAAUAUGAGUUAACAUUCGGAAGAUAUGAUCUGAGAGACUGCCAAUUCAAUUUUCAUGAAAAACACAUGGACUUAAUUUUAGUGCAUCGGUUAAACUCAGGUCAGGAUAAUACUACUAACCAUCUGCAGAGUUUCCUUAAGUAUUGUAAGCAUUCAAACUUCCUUCACCUGCUGGAGAAAAACCAAAAUGAUUAAAGUGUAAAAGUUCAUAUCUAAAAGAGGAAGAGAGCUUAUGUAUGUUGUUAAUGAAGCAAAACAGAAAAUGCGAUGAACCUUCAUAGAAAGCAGGCAUUUGCGCUUAAAAGAAGAAGUGUGUAGUGGUCUGUGUCUGGCAUGUGUCAUUGUGGAUGUGUUACGUUCGAGUCACACCCAGAGGAAGACAUAAGCACGCGUUGUCUGGCUUUGACAGCCUCUUGAAGCCAGGGGUCCUGCAGGUCGCCACACUGGCUGUUACCACGAGCAGCGGUUUAAGACACAUCUCACAAUGGGUGAACGCUAAUGCAGCGGGCAGUUGUGUGAUGAAGAACUCAUGUACAAUUAGGUGGAGGUGUUUUCACUUUUGUGCUGAAUGAAACGUCACUCUGCGCUCUCUGUGGGCGGCGUUUCUGUGAAGCUGUCAGUGCGCGCUGCUGUGUGUUACAAGCACAAGAGGUAGAGGAGACUCUGCAGAUGACACAAGGCAAGCUGUGCUUCCUGUUGGGGACAGAUAGUGUUGUAAGCAUGAGGAAAGUAUUUUUACUUCAUCCUCCAGAUAAUGUAAAGUGCUUCCUCAAAGCAGCUGUGCUCAGGAACCGCGCACACCCAGGAAGAGUUCAGCAAGCUUUGUUUAAAUGUUGUAACCUCAUUUUGGGAAGUUGUGUUUUUGGCGGUAUAAUGACGAUAAUCUGUAAAAACACACCGCCCCAUGUGAGGUGUAGUUCAGGCCUUCUUAUUAAGUAAAUAGAAGAAAAAAAAAACACAUGAGCAGUGGCUCGCAGCUGUUGAUUUUUAGUGUCUGACUUCUGGUACAUUCUUUUGACACAAUAGUGGGCAUGGCUGGCCCUGCUUCCUUGCCUCUGAUAAACCCUUGUUUGCUCUGGACUUUAUAAGCAAAGUUUACAAGAAUAUACGCAGGCUUUAUGGAGGAUCAUUUGGCAGAAGCUGUAGACUUAGCAUUGAGCCUUUUACCUCACAGAGAGGGAGUUUAUUUGAAGAGGAAUGUGUGCUGUAAAAUGUAGAUACACAGAGGUAUUUGAUUUGGCUCGGUGUCAACAGCAGCCAGGGUUACAGAAACUUUUUUUUUUUUCCAAAGAACAAUGGCAUGACCUGAUUUCAUGUAAAGAGAAACAAACCUGUAUUGUUUUCUUUCGCUCCUAAUUUAACUUCCUUUUUUGUCUCACUCCAGGAAGUAGAAGUCAUGUUUUUCACACCCCUUUUCUGCACAUCCUUUUGCAGGUUUUGCAAGAAAAACGUGUUUUUUUUUAAUCUUGCAUCUUGUAAAGCACAAAUACAGGCAUUGUUAAAAAACUGAAGCAUGACAGCGCUCGCCUGACUCAUCAGAUGACAAAUGGUCCUAAUUAAACCCAAACUUCUAGUUCAAGAUGGCCUCUGUUAAAGUUCUCCAUGCUUGAAGAGUUGGCCUGAAUCUGAUCUACAAAUGGGAUAGCCGCUUUCAAGCUGCUGUGACUUUUAUAGCUCUGGAUCCUUCACAAUGACAACGUAACUGACACUUGAGAUGAAUGGCGGCCAGAGUUUGAUUCCUAGCCCAGCAUGUGUAUCUAUCUAAAUGUCAUAGCCGCCUUUGUUUGGUUUUCUCUGCAUGUUUGUUAGCAUUGGUAACCAGGCUGAAAUAGGCUGUUAAGCUAGCUUUUUGCACCAGGACCCUCUCUCACCGCAACCUGAACUCAUGCUACUGGCUCUUCUAUUUGUGUCACUUGCAGUAUGAGUAGGCAAGCACAAACCACAUCCUUGUGAAGUUUGCUCUUACGUAGACAGCUUUUUUUGUGACUUGGAUCAGAAUUUCCGAGCUCAAAUGUGGUCCUGCUUCUGUCGGUUUGUCCUGUGGUUUUGAUGUUUAUACCCGAAAUAUAACUUUUUCUCCCUCGUUUUCAUUUUUCUUCCAGUGAAUCGACACAACCACUUAAAGGACUUCAUGCUGGUGGUGUCAAUAGUCAUCGGCAUGGGCGGCUGCUGGUUCGCCUACAUCCAAAACCGCUACUCUAAGGAUCACAUGAAGAAGAUGAUGAAGGACUUGGAGGGCCUGCAGAGAGCCGAGCAGAGUCUGCAUGACCUACAACAGAAGUGAGGGGUUUUUCCACCACCGACACAAACACAGACACACAUCAAACUGUGUUAUAACCAACAAACACUGUGUUACAGACUCAGUCAUACAGGUGUUUUUUGGUAAUUUUAGCCAUCAGCCUCUAAACGGACAGUAAUCAGCGUUGAACUGGCGACCUCACUUUUAUAUCUUGCGUGCGUCUUGAAACAUCCCUUUAGCGUUUGACUUGUUUAGUGUUUAGACCUUGAGUGAGCACCGACUGGGAGUAACGGGGUGCGCUCUGUGUCUGCUGCCGUCUGUGAACCGAAAAUCCUCAAACUCAUUCAUCACCCCCCGCCCCACUGAGGUUAUUCUGACACACGAACAGCUGUUUAUUUUUGUGUGUCUCAGUUCUGAUAAGCGUGUAAUUUUUGAUACACCACUCUCGGUCAUUAUUUUUAAAGCUUGCGGUGUGAAAUUGUGCUCUUGCUCAGUUUCCCAGACAGUGAUAGUUUUGUUGCACAUUAGAUUUUUACUCUCAAGCCUUCAUUCAGACAAGGUAGCCAGAGGGAUUUCUGUUGGUCGUGUCUUAUCUGCGUAGUAAAAUAGCUGACAGGAGGAUAAUUGUAGAGAAUAUAAAUAUAGUGGUUUUGAAUCCUAUAAAUAAGCCCAGUGUCAUAAUUCAGUCCUAACCUUCUGAGGGUUGCGUGUACAGAGCCGCAUUGUUCUAAAAUAGAAGUGAAAAAGUGUCGGGUAAUGAGAGACUCAUAGAGCUCCACUAUGAUUUAGUGGACAGACCUUUAGACAAAUAACCUCACAUGAACUGAGGUUAACGGCAAACUUAAUUCUACAGCUGCAGCCAAUGGAAUCCUCACUAUCAGUAUUUAUUUUCACUAUUAAUGCGGUGAUGAUUGAUAAAGUACAAGUAUGAAUUCGCUUAUUAAACUCUGUGGUCUUUCUGUAUAUCUUUACAGAUCAGCUGAUCCUAGAUACAGUCUCUGCUCUAUCAACAAGCCAAAACAAAGAUCCUCUGUAGUCACUUAACUCUUUUCUCUUUCCUUGUGAAAAAGUUUUCAAGCGAGUUUUCCAGCAUUUUUGACCAAAUGUGAUGAAAUUUCAAGCUCCCAAAAUAUUUUUCAGAAUUUGAAUUUUUUAAUUUUCAUCAAAAUUAUAACAUUUUCAAUCAAAACAGCAGAGAAAUCAUUGUCAUUUCAAAGUAAAAAUCAACAGUCUACUCACAUGUUUUGUUUCUCUUUCAUCCUGUAAUGAUGACUGCAUGAUUCAAAAACCAAUGUCUGUGGAUUAAUGAUGUAAAUCAGACUGUGUGGAGCGCUUCUGUCUGCUGAUACAGCUUCACUGCAGAGGGUUUGUGUGCACGCGCAGCUCUGUCAUGCAUGCAGCUCUGUCAUAAUGAUAAAUACACAGUGGGCCUAUUGUUAGUUAUCCUCUAGUUUAUAUUUGUAACGGGUCUUCUUAGUUGUUUUGUUCUGGUUUAGGAAACUUAAAGAAGUAUACUUAAGUGUGUAAUACCCGUGCAGCAGCUAUGCUCUCCAUGUCUCAUCAGUAUCAGAUGGAAAAUGACCUUUAGUUGCAGCUUAAAGUGCUUAAGCCCACCGCCUUGUUUCAUGUAAAUAUGUACACAAGUAUCAAUAGGUCAAGGUGCAGUCACGAUGAAAACGCGUGGUCUGAGUCUGAUUUUUUGAGCUAUAUUGUGGCUUUUGAUGUCGUGUCCUGACUUCCCCACCCUUGUCUGGCAGGAAGGACUCCUAAGUGUUGGGGACAAAUGUUGGGAAGCAACUGUGGAACAUUUCCCGGCUGAGUUUCUUAUAACACUUUAAAGUUUUCAGGGGUGUAUUGGUGAAAGAAGAGCAGGUUGUCUGUACAACUUGUCCUUUAGAACUUGUCAUCUCUAGCGUGGUUUGUCUCGUUGUCGUUGGGAGUGUCAACAUUGGUUGGAGAACUGGUUGGAACAAAGCGCUGCAUUCUCAAGCUAACUCCCAAGAGCGUGUUUGUUCAGAAGCUUUACUCAAAGCGAAACUAAAAUCCUAUUUUUCACCCCGACCUCUAAAAAGGGAAAAAUCCAAUUCGAAGUACUAAUAAUAUUGAGUUGCUUUUCUAAAUAGCUGUGAUGAAUGCUAAAAGCUCUAUUUUGACCAUCGAUAUGUAUCAGGCACUAAUGCUGUUGUAUUUUUGAGUCCAGGUUUUACUCAACUGGAGCAGACAGGCAGUAGUAGAAGUAAUGAGUGCUGCUGCAGCAAAUCAUAACUCAGUUGAGGAGAGACCGGGGAGACAUCAGUGUUUGGCUGACUCCAAGUUCAUCCAUAAAAUCACUGACAGCUCAGUUAUCUUCUGCUGUGAGGCUGUAUUGCAUGUGAUAAAGACAGAGUUUGGCUCUUCUAAUUAAUUGAAUAUGUUGGGGAUAUUGCUGGUAGCAUCUGCUGCAGAAUUGUUAACUCUGUAUUAGGCGUACCUUAGUUUGUAGUUUGGUAAUCAGUUUUCUCUCUUGCAUGAAUCACUCAGUCUGUAUGAUGCAAUGUAGAGCUUAGUGACAUUCGACUGCUGAGGUGGUUUGACUGCAGGUACCUUUGCCCUUUGACAUCCAUCUUCCACUCUGGAGAGCAAGUCAGAGCAGAUCUUUCCAAUAUUUGGUGGUGGUUUGAAAAAUUACCUCUGUGACCUCUGCACUGAGGCCAUUAUUAACAGAACCCAUGAAUGUUGUCAGGUAAGAUUAUUGCUCAGCAUCUGCUCUGACAUGUCAUUGUUAACACUCACAGCUGGACCAACAGGUUAUUGCUACCUUAAUGAGGAGGUGAUUUGCAGCAGUUGAGGUGUCAUGAGGCAAAAUUGAAGAUCAUAACACAAAUCUUGCUAUUUUGGUCCUGUUAAUACUGCGUGGAAUGCAGGAAUGUGCUUUUUAGCCUGUGCUGUCUUCUGUGUUCCCUUUAAAGGCUACUCAACCAGGCCCUCACCUAAUACACUGGGCAGUUUUUUUGCUAGAUUAGGUAUUACCAGGAUGCUCAAGUAGGUAUUGUAUCAGAGUAAUGACAUCUGGUGUUCAGCAUCUGCACUGAAUUGUCUCCAAUCAAAACAAAUUACGAGGCCAGAAUUGACCCAAAAGUGUGCUGCUCUUACUCAAAGAGGGAGUAUAAUGUUCAUUCUCAGUCAUAAUAAUGUCUUCUCAUGUCUCUUUGCUUACAAGAACACUUUCAUCUGAUGGAGAAGCUCUCUGGGAGCCUCCUCCACUGUUGCCCUCAUUGAGUUAAACUGUCUGUCUGCUUAAAAUGACAAAUUAAGAAAUACGCCAUUUGUAUCGGACCCCAAGUCUCACUCAGUAAGUUUAGAAAGAGGGCAACAAACUCUCAAGCAAUGUCACGUUUACAAUGAUUGCCCUUUUAAGGAGUGGCCAGAUGGGUGAUGUCACAAACUGAGCUGAUUUUAUGCUUUAUCAGCUUCAUUCUAGCCCGCACUGUGGUAUUACUCCCGUACAUUUACCUAGCAGUUUGAAACUUUGCUCCCAUCAAGCACUGACAUCCAACCAAUAUUUGUUUGUAAAAUAUGAAAAGCAUAUAACCUUGUCUGAGUUACUGUUUUAUAAAAUACAUCUGGAAUAGAGAGAAGAUACAAAAAAAAGGUAAUAAGUGAGUUUGUUUUGGUCUUUUGUCAUUGCAAACAUGAUUUGUUCUUCUUCUUGUACUCUUCUCUAAAGCUUUUUUUAUGCUAACUUGCGGUGCCCACAGGGUUGAAUUUCACCUCACACAGAUAAACACCGGAGUGGUCAAAAUGGGAAAGUGUCUCAUCCCUGAGUAAGGUGGAGCACUUACUGCUGGGCGUUGCCACAUGACUGCACCGCAUUCCUGUUCUGAUGUUUUGGGACGUUGAACAGGAAGAAAUGAGCUGCAUCGAGUCUUUUGAGCUGCCCUUAUUAUUCUCAUGAGUUACUCUUUGAAUCAGCGGGUUGUUUGAAACUUGAGCUGAAAUGCACUGAUUAGCAGCAAAUUGACUGUAAAGACAAGGGUUAGAUUUUCCUCGCUUUAAUAAGUUUGGUGUUUGCCUCAGAUUCUUUAUUCCCUUAAAAGCAGCACCUCUUCUUCCCAAAGACACCGCAGUAUCUCUGCUGUGGCUCCUGAACUGUCUUCUGUAUAUGAAUUUCGGUUUAUUAUUAGAAGAGCAAAAGUGGAGUGGAAAAUACCAACCAAAAGAGUGAUUAAUCGUCAGAGGGGGACAAACCAUUAAGGUCAAACUUGCCUCUUGAUACACUGCCAGGUCAGCCUGUGGUGCUGCCUUUGUGGCGUUAUACUUUGAUCAGCUUUGAAAACACACCUGCCAUCCCUCCUUUGAAGCACGCCUUGGUUAUCUGUCUUGCCGAGCUAAUUGCUCAUACUUAAUUCUGAAGUGUCGAAUAAACCAGAGGGACAGUCCAUGCAUUAUUAAGUGUGGAACCCAAACUGCCAUGUCUUGAGGCACAGUAGCUUGACCAUUGUAGACAUUAGAUUAAAUCUAACACUUCAAAAUGUGGUGCUUUUAUUUAGCCCUACAGUGUAAUUUAUCUGCUGUUGUGUAAUGACAUUUAAAUCCAAACUGUGGAGGAUGAGCCCAGCGUGAGAGCCAGCAGCACAAUGGUCUUGUUUGUCAUGAAGUAGAAAAUGCCCUAUGAGGUAUGAUCAUUUGUAACAACUAUGCAUUACACCAAGGAGCUGGUGUUUCAAUCUUGUGUGUUCAUAAUUAGAUGACAUUAUUUAGGAAAGUUCAGCUGAGACUAUUCUCAACACUUAGGACUUGGAUUCUUAGACAGAACAGGGUUGGUCCAGACCAUCUAACCGUGUCGUAUCAGGUUCCUGGUACGUGACACUGUGACUGUGAAAAAGGAUAUUAUGUCAUAUUGUUUGUCAGUGUGGUAAGCAAGUGGUGUCUGUUGUCAUAUGGUGCAUGAUGUUCGAGCAGAUUCAGAGAGAGAGAGAUAGAGGGAGGUAUGUCCUCUUUCUGUGGCUGUGCCUUUCUUCCUGAUCCCUCCUGCCAGCUGCUCUCUUUCCAUACCUUCAAGCAGAUCCUGUGGUGGUAUCAAGUAGCCUGGCCUAGUCAUGGCUUCCCUGUUGGGAGACAGUGGGAGGAGGUUUCCACUGGACCUGGAUUUCCGUGGUGCCUUUUACAGGAGUGUUUGACCCAGCCUCUGCCUCACUGGUUGGAGAUGGUGUUGAGCAUGACUGCGCAACAUGUCAGCUUUAAUGCUACUUCACCCACAUUUGGAUAGGGGAGUGGCGUUCAUAGAGACAACCCUGAAGAGGGCGGUGGCAAAAACAACAACAAAAGUCGUGAUGAUCAUUCGAAGCUAAUUCUAUUUCCACUAAUGAUCAUGAUACGAUGUGAAAAAUGGAUGAGUAGAGUCGUUUGAGUGUUAAUCCAUAAAAACUUGGGGGUCAUUAUUUACCUCCUCCUGCAAAGUCCGCAGAGACAGUGUGUCUGCGUCCUCCGAGCUCUGCAAUGCAGGGCAGGUGAAACAGCAGUCGGCGUCUUCUCGCUGGUCAUUGUAGCUCUGCCAGUGCUUUUGAAUCUUAGCUGGAGAACGACAGAGGUCAGGGUCGAAAGCAUUAGCAGGACUGCCCACCACCCACAUUUUCCAUAGCGAGCUCUGUGGCUCAUCUUUCAUUUCUCCGCUCCUCUCUGCUGUUUUGUUUGGCCUGAAAAGGAGGGGAGUGCUUCUCUCUAGUGAGGCAAAUAAAGAACUACUUUCCAGCCUUUCAAUGUCAGGAUUAUUCUGUGGGUAGUUUUUUUGUAUCUCAGGUUUCAGUCUUUCCCUGCUUAGUUAAGGAGAGGAGUGUUCAGCCAAAGGUACUGUAAGUAUUAUCACCUCAGAGGUCAGUCUCAAGGCUGAUUAACUCGACAGAACAAAUGAACCUGUCUAUUAGUUUUUAAGUGUUUCAAACAUACUUUCUAACUGUUGAAAAAUGAAGGGUAGAUUAAAAUCAGUCUGCUGUAAUGAUACAGUUUCUUAAAAUAUAUGUGUUAGGUAAUUACAUCACGGGUGACAAGCUCCUCCUUUAAAAGUAGGCUUUUCUUAAGAGGCUAGUUUAAAAAUACCCCACAUCCAAACCUAAGCAUUAGUCGUGGACAGUACAGGAGCACUGGGCACACUAACACUGUGCUGUUCUAAAGUUACACACUGGCAGCUGUUCUCAUUCUUGGCUCUGCUCCUUCUGAUGUCAGUUUAUUGUGAGCUGCCCAGCAGCUGACCGUUUCUCCGAGCUUUCUACAUGUUAGCCAUUGUUUCCGGUCAUGCAUGGCUGAUGCAAGCCCCACAUACCACACAUACCUGCUUACACAUCAUGCCUGCCUACAGAUAAUAACAGUACAUAUCAUAACAUUUGCAUCUAUUGUGCUCAGUCUCUUUUAUUGUCUCUUAUUAAGCACUCGGUGCAAACCAAAAGUUCACAGUUUUGUCUCGUUGUUCCCAGGCUGCAGAUCGCCCAGGAGGAGCACCGUACGGUAGAAGUGGAGAAGGUCAACCUCGAGCAGAAGCUGAGGGAUGAGAUCAACACAGCCAAGCAGGAGGCCCAACGCCUGCGAGAGCUACGAGAGGGCACAGAGAACGAACUGAGUCGCCAGAAGUACGCCGAAGAGGAGCUGGAGCAGGUACUGCAUGAUGAUAGAUAAGACUCAAACGUGUCUGUCGUUCAAACCGAGGAAAUCUUUCAUGCUCAGAAUUUGGCAGAUUAUUAUUUAAUGCACGUCCAAGGUGUAAACCGCACAGUAUGUUUAGGUCUAUCAGAUUCACACUUGCUAUAGUAUAAAUACACCCACUGAAGUCUUUGUCGAUUAGAAAUAUUGGCAGGAGCAGCAGAGCACAGCCCACACAAGUGAGCAAAACACAUGAGUAUUUGUUUGAGGGACUAUCACAGUGAUCUUAUUCAGACACCUCUGUCACAGCUUGUUUUUCAUUCUGCAGCACAGGGAUAAACUGGAAACUGGAAGGCUGUCAGGUGCAGUUCAAUCACAAGAUGGAGUGAGUUUCAGGUUUAGAUCUAUGAUAAGACCAGAAACCUCUUCCUUUUUCAGAAAUAUUUACUUUUAAUAAACAUGGUUUCAAGUCAAGGUUUGAGUUUGGAGUGUGUUAGUGUUACAUUCCCUGAAGUUGGAGUGUUAGUAUUAAUAUCUGGGCUGUGGAAAACAGUUGACAGGAGUUAAGUGUUUGUUUAAAUAAACGAAAAAGGAUUAGGUGUUUAGUCAGUUGCAGAUUCUAAAAACGUUUGUAUGUCAAUUGUUGACAGACUCUUAAAAUGCUAAAAAUAAAACAGUAAUUGCCCAUAGUUUUGAGAAAGUGACUAAAUGUAUGCUCCUGUUUCCUCUACUCAACACUGGUUGCAGGUGCGUAUGGCAUUGAAGAAAGCAGAGAAGGAGUUAGAGUCACGGAGCAGCUGGUCACCACCAGAGUCUCUCCAGAAGUGGCUGCAGCUCACCCACGAGGUGGAAGUGCAGUACUACAACAUCAAAAAGCAAAACGCUGAACGGCAGCUCCUGGUGGCCAAAGAAGGAGUGAGUCGAGAAAAGCGUCAUCUGAGAGCUCAUGUUAUUGCCUCGAUCGAUCUAUUUCGAGUCCUUGAAUGUAGUCACAAGCAACUUUAUUACAUGUUAACAAGCGAGUGAUACAUCCAUCUGUUUUUGAUUGUUUAAGAUGAAAUGAGAGUAAAUGUUAUUGUAAUAGAAAACGCAGAAAGUAGCUCAACCAGCUUUAUUAAAUUUUAAUCUUAUAUGUCGGGGGGGUUAUGUUUUUACAGGCAGAAAAGAUCAAGAAAAAGAGAAACACCCUCUUUGGGACUUUCCAUGUGGCUCACAGCUCCUCUCUGGAUGAUGUGGACCACAAAAUACUGGCAGCAAAGUAAGUCUGAGAUUCUACUGGAAAAAUAACGUUCAUUUCAGAAUAAGAAUGAGAAUAACUUUAUUGAUCCCCGAAGGGAAAUUCAACUUCCAUUUAACUCACAAAAUUAACAAUAGCAGCAUAUUUUUGAUUAAAGCUCCUGUGAGGAGUUUUUUAACAUUGGUGAAAUGGAAUGAAAUGCUUACUGAUGUCUUUUAUGAUAUUAAAAAAGCAAACAAGACCAUCAGCAUCAAGAUUGAUUUAUUUUAUAUUGGAGUUUUUAUUGUCUGAAGCUGGUUUUGGGAGGGUAGGUGUCAGCCAGUCAAAAAGUUCCCCACAGGAGCUUUAAUUUCAUGGUUUUCAGUCUGAGGUGGAGUUGAUAUUACAGAGAAGAAGAUAAAAAACCAUCAAACUUAAUUUUAAUCUGACCUCAUUCUCGUCAUCUUUCACAGACAAGCCCUGGGUGAGGUAACGGCUGCUCUGCGGGAGAGGCUUCAUCGUUGGCAGCAGAUAGAGAUUCUCACAGGGUUCACCAUCGUCAACAACCCCGGCCUUCCCUCCCUGGCCUCGAGCCUCAACCUGGAUGCCAGCUUCAUGGGCGGCAGAGCCACGCCUCAGCACUUCAUCAUGUCGGACGACGUGGACGACUUGGACGAGGGUAUCGUGCCUGGAACUCUGCAAUGUAAGAGUUCCUCUGAAUCUGUGGCCUCCUCUGUGGGGGUUAGCAAACGAACCCUUAAACCCUCCAAGACCCUGCUGGGGAAAUCCAAAAAUCAGCCCACAUGAGAAUUUGGACCUUUUGUGCAAUAAUUACCUGAAUUUGUCAGUGUGGUGUGGCCUCCCUUGUGGUAGUGAGAGUCGACCAUGUCUGUGAUUCACUGGAUGAGUGUUGUUUUACAUUUGUAUAUUAUGUAUGGUGUCAAUUCACACAUAAUUGUCUUGCUCUUUUAAGCACAAUUCUGCCUUUUUGUUAAUUGUUCUCAUUUUGGAUCAAAGUGUUCACUUGACUCUUCAGAGAUUGUGGAGGCUGACAAACUCCUGUGACUUUCCUGUGGAAAAAUGAACUGUGACGGAAAAUAUAUUUCUUAUUGAGAAGCUGUUUUUGUGCUGACCUAUUUUUAGUGGUUGUGUCCUAAUAUUUCCUACCGACCUUUUAAAUCCCCCUCUGAUCAAACAGCUGCAGUCAACCUAGUGUAUAGAGUGUCCAAGUCAAAUUCAGAUCCAGGUUUAGUAGCAGAUCUUGAUACAAAGAUUUGGUGAUCCAGCCUUUUGUUAAGAGUAAUUAGGUCCUCUUCUUUGUUUGUGAUAGAGGGUUUUUCUGGUAUGACCUGUUUGAGGUCCUUUACAUUUUUACUCUUUUAUCCUUAGUUACGUAAAUUUAUUCAAAAGGUUUACUCAGAUAACUCCUUUUUUACUUAUUUUGAUGUCUUAAACAUAAGAAACAAAUAUAAGAUUUAAAAAUGGAUCAACAAAUAUUUUUUAUUUCAUCUACAGUGCAGGAAAUCAAACUAUAUCAAAUUUUAUGUAGAGAAAGUUCUGUUCUGUUGUCGAUUUUAAGGUUUUUGAGCAGGAAAACCUGCAGAUUUAUCAUAGAUGUUUUCCAGCCAUGCUGCUAUAGGUUCAAUCUAACUGCAACUCUUGACCUACAUUUGGGUUUGACUUACUGCAGGCUAAAGUGUCUCAGCAGAACCCUUUUCCAACUGCAAUAGUGAGUAAGUCUUUAAAUUCACAUUAAUUGCACCUCCCUUCUCACCUCCCUCUCUCCCUCCACCACCUCUCUGGCAUUUGGCUUCUACCGCCGUCUCAUUGGCUGAACUACAGACGGCAUCCGAAAGUUGGAGAGGCGAGCCAGCGACGUGUGGUUCGUCGGUUCAGACUGUCAGCACAUGUGGAAAUAUCCCGGUUGGCUGGCCACUUAUUUAUGCCCCCAGUUCAGUCCUUGGUUUGACUCCCCUGUUUCUUCCCUUGACACAAAGCCACACAAGGCUGCUAUUCUUUUAUUUUUGUAUCAGACCGUUUCCUGCAGAUGAACAAAACUAAUCGGUGCUGCGUUCAUCAAAAAAUCUGCCCUGACCUCGCCAUAGUUGCUUGCUUUUCACCCACCUCUAAACCUUGUUGCCACCUGGUUCUCCCCCACCCACCUCCCUGAGAUUAUUUUAUUUUGAAAGGGCUUUUCCUCUCAUAACCAGGCUUAUCAUGAGUUAAUAUUUAUCCUUUAUUAUUUGAAUCAGAUUUAAGUUAAUAACACCAUCACUCCCUUUGUUUCACACAUUUUCCUUAAUAAAAGGAGAGAUAAAACAGGAGCAUGUGGGAUUUUAAUACAAUAAUUGAAUUUAACGUUGAGACUGGAGUCACUUAACUCGAGUUUCAAGUCACUUUAAGAAAAUCCGUCCCUGCACCUGAGUUUCUUUCCACAAUCUGAUCCCAGCUGGUCUCUCCCUUUCCUGUAGACUGUGUUUUCUUACCGAUAAUGCUGUUGUUUUGUGCCCACAGCUCCCAGUAUGAUGUCCCUGCGCCAACGCCACAUUGACCCCCAGCUGGCCAUGGGCUCCCAGAGGUUGGUAGAGAGUUGCCUGUUGGCAGGGCAGCAGGGCGAGGGAUCCCCAUACCCGUCCAGGUCUAGGGCUCCCCCCAUUCAAUCCCGCAGCCAGUCAUUCGGCCAGCUCGAUUGUCUCCCUCUGCCUCCUCUGUCCUCGGCCGUGUCUCACCCCUCCAUCAUCUCCGUCUCCGGCCUAAACCCUCAGUCGCUGUCCUCCUUGUCCUGCUCUUCUUCCUGCUUGCCCAGCUCUGUGGGUGGCGCUGCAGCCCCACAUUCCUCCCAUUUAUAUCAUACUUCUUUCCAGCCCAUGGACCCCAUUCCUGAUUUCACCUUCUCAGAUGUCUCCCAAGCAUACAGUGACGGCUACGGGUACCCAUCUCUUUCCAAUUUCUCACACACAUCGCAUGUGCGUGGGUGUUUGUUUUUCUGCCAACCGCUGUUGUUUCAUUUUUCGACACAUGUACCACAAUAACCGUCUUCUUUGUUUCAUCUUCGUCCUCUUUUUAGUGCAUUUCAUUUGAGUUUUUCAUUUUUCUUUUAUUCCACUUUGCUUUUACAACAUUAAAGCUGACAAGGCUUUACAGGAUUGUGCAUUUACGCUCUUUAACGUGUCUCUCUGUGUUCCUGUUGUUCUUUGCCUGAACCACUAACAAGUGUGGAGUUCCAGUUACCCGGCUGUACCCAGCGUGUCCUUGGCUGUGCAGGCAUAGCGUAGAUAAACCCCAGCAUGCAAAGCUUCAACCUGAUUCUGUUUGGGUUUGUUUUUAUCUCUCUUGUUUCCUCUGACUUCAUUUCUCUCCUCCCUCAGGGACCUAAAUCGCUCUGACUCGGACUCCUCCCUGUCCCUGUCUCAAGUUGGUGAUCGGCUAUCUGCCUACAGCUCCAAAGGACACCUCAUCAAGCCAACAUCUUUCAUGCACGGCCUGUCUGGUCGGGCAGAAGAUACCGUGUCCCUUCACAGUCACACCCCUAACGGAGGGAACAGGAUUCACGAGGCCAGUCCUACAGAGCUCAGCCCCGACAGCCCCAUAGUCAUGAAGAAGUUGUACGGCAUGCAGAAGUCACCCAGCCUUGGAGAGAUCAACAGCCUGUCAGAGUCGUCCCGCUCCCUCAGCCCCAACUCCACUGAACCCGAAACGCCGUCACCCACAGGCGGGGGACAGCCGGGUGUCGCGGGGGUCAAAGGCAGCUCUCGCAUCCCGCAGCUGUCCUCCAAGAAGAGCCCCCUGGAGGAGGACAGUGGCUCCACAGGAGAAGACACAGAUUCCACUGCCAGCCGCAAGAAACACACCUUCAAGAUCUUCAAGAAACAGAGGAAAUAA